AAUGUGUAUCCUAAAAUAUUACCCAUAGCCUAUAUAUAGCCUUAUAUAUGACAUUGUCAGAAAUGCGCGGGGGAUUUAUCUGCUUUCUGUUGUCUGUUGCAUGCGUUUAUCACCGCCUUUCCCCCUGACAUCAGCCUUUGGAGAUUCAGUGGGUCCGUGUGCGCAGUAUGAACAGUUGGUUCGGCGAGGGGAGUGCAUGCGUACAAGCUGCAUCCCUGAACUUAAACGGGCUUCAUCUGGAGCUGCCGCUCCAGUGCUCCUCUGCCUCCUCCUGCAGCCCAGAUCUCCGUCGGACUUCACCGUAUCCCACCCCGAUUGGACAUACGGCUUGCUUUCCGUAUGCAUCUGGAAAUACCCCCACGUCUUUCCUUGAUGGAUUUAAAAACCGCGUGCAAUAUUAUGCGGGAGGGUCUAAAACUAUAGUUUGCUUUUAUUGCAUGAUUUUUUUUUGUGCAAACGAUGGGAUUAAAGCAGCUGAAGAAAGUUGGAUUUUGCGAAAGCGACACUGUGUGCCGGCUUCCUAGGAUGGAAGGAUACAGCUGCUCCCGCAAAUAGAGAAAGGCGCUCAUAGCUGGACCGACAGCCGAGAGGGGAGAUGCAGGGAGCCUGGGUUUUCCUCAUUCUGGUUGAACAAGGCUUUGCACUUGCACAGAAAACUAAAGAGUUGCAGAAUGGCGACCAGGCGUCUAAAACUUCAGGGCAGUGCGGAACCUGGAUCCGAAAUCCAAACGGGGGCCUCUUCAGCUCCCCGAACUACCCCAACAUGUAUCCCCCAAACAAGGAAUGCGUUUAUAUCCUGGAAGCAAUGCCCCGCCAGAGGAUCGAGCUCGUCUUCGACAGCACAUAUUACAUCGAGCCAUCCUUCGAGUGCCGCUUUGACCACAUUGAGGUCCGCGACGGCCCGUUUGGCUUCUCGCCACUCAUUGACCGCUUCUGUGGACCACGGAGUCCAGGUGUGGUGCGUUCCACGGGCCGCUUCAUGUGGAUCAAGUUCACCAGCGACGAGGAGCUGGAGGGGCUGGGAUUUCGGGUCAAGUACACCUUUACAGCAGACCCAGAUUUUCAUCUCCACAUGGGGGGAAUUUUAAAUCCUAUUCCAGAUUGUCAGUUUGAGAUCGACGGCCCGGAUGGAUUGAUCCGCUCCAGCCAAGUGGAGGAGGAGGAGAAGAUUAAGUCUGGCGAUGCGCUGGACUGCAUCUGGACAAUUCGUGCACCUCCCAAGUCCAAGAUCUACCUGCGCUUCCUGGAGUACCAGAUGGAACACUCCAACGAGUGCAAGAAGAACUUUGUGGCCGUGUACGACGGCAGCAGCUCUAUCGAGAACCUAAAGUCCAAGUUCUGCAGCACCGUGGCCAGCGACGUCAUGCUCGACAAUGGAGUGGGCGUGGUCCGCAUGUGGGCGGACGAGAACAGCCGGCUCAGCCGCUUCCGGAUGCUCUUCACCUCCUUCGUGGACCCCCCCUGUACAGGAAACACCUUCUUCUGCCAUAGCAACAUGUGCAUCAACAGCUCUCUGGUUUGCAAUGGCAUUCAGAACUGUGUGUACCCUUGGGACGAGAACCACUGCAAGGAAAAGACAGCCAAAGGUCUGUUCCACCAGAUCACGAAGGCCCACGGCACUGUUAUCUGCGUCUCCAUUGGCGUGGUCCUGGUCCUGCUCGUCAUCUCCAUCCUGGUACAGAUGAAGCAGCCACGCAAGAAGGUGGUGGCGCGCAAGUCCGUCGUCAACAAGGCGGGCUUCCAGGAGGUCUUUGACCCCCCCCACUACGAGCUCUUCUCCCUGCGGGACAAGGAGAUCUCCUCGGACCUGGCCGAGCUGUCGGAGGAGCUGGAGAGCUACCACAAGCUGCGGAGGUCCUCCACCAUCUCGCGCUGCAUCCACGAGCACCACUGCGGCUCGCAGCCGCCGGGUGUCAAGCAGGGCCGCACCAACUUGGGCUCCAUGGAGCUGCCGUACCGCAAUGACUUUUCCCAACCGCCGCCCAUGAAGACUUUCAACAGCAGCUACAAGAAGAGCUGCUAUGGCUACAAGCAGGGCCACGACUGCGCCGAGCAGGUCAUCGAGGACCGGGUCAUGGAGGAAAUCCCCUGCGAGAUCUACGUGCGCAGCGCCAACACCGCCCGCAACAACAGCGACGCAGUCCAGUCGCGCUCCCUUUCCAUGGACUUCUGAGUCACGGGGGGUGGGGGUGGGGGGGCUGUUAGACUAAAUCACCCUCUACUCCCAUCGCUUCCUGCAUUCUUCCACCUCAAACACACAGCGAAAAUGAGCAGUAAAUACAAAUCACUGAAAUCAGUUACUAUACCAAACUGUGUGUCUUUUUAACUCAUUUUAAUUAAAACGUCGUGUCAAAUGAAUUAAUAUUAUCAUCAUUUAUGUGUAUGGGCUUAUUUUUUUGUGCAUACAUUUAAAAAAAUGUGUCAGCUUUGUGCUAAGCUUGAUUACCCACGCUCGCAUUGCAGAUGGUGUAAAUAAGACCACUUUUGGAGUUAAACCCUGACAGCAAGCAUUCACUUCUGGACCUCAAGCUGAGUCAAGGAACGCAUUUCCACUCACGAGUCACUGAAAGACUCCAUCCUUUUUUAUGAUUUUGUUCUUAAGAUGUUUCAGUUUGGUUUGGAUUAAAAAAAAAAUGCAUUAAUGAAUGCUAA